AUGGAUUCUGAACUAGUCCACCCUUCAGGUGUAAUUGGUUAUGAUGAAACUGGUUUCUCAGCACCCAAAAUCACAGUUGCAGAAGGGAAUGGAGAACCAAGAGCUGAUGAACAUCCACAAAUUCCUGGUUGGUUUGCUGAACAUUGUCCAAUAUGGCCAGGGGAAGCACACUUCUUGAAGGUAGAAAACACUUGUUUCCAAGGGAAAUCUGAAUUUCAAGAUAUGCUAGUUUUUCAGACAUCAACAUAUGGCAAGGUAUUUGUUCUUGAUGGAGCACUCCAACUCACUGAGAAAGAUGAAUGUUCUUACCAAGAAAUGAUGACUCACCUUCCUCUUUGCUCAAUCCCAAACCCAAAAAAGGUGCUGCUUUUUGGUGGAGGUGAUGGUGGCAUCCUUAGGGAAAUUUCCCGACACUCUUCUGUUGAACACAUUGACAUUUGUGAAAUUGACACUAUGCUCAUUGAUGUUUAUAAAAAAUAUUUCCCUGAUAUAGCUGUUGGAUACAAGGACCCCAGAGUCAAGCUUCAUGUUAUAGAUGGAACAAUUUUUCUGAAUUCUGUCCCAAAAGGAACUUACGAUGCAAUUAUAGUGGAUGCCUUCGACCCAAUAAGGCCUGAUCAUGAGCUAUUUGAAACUCAAUUCUUUGAAUUGAUUUCAAAAGCUCUUCGUCCCGGAGGAGUUCUAUGCAUCCAAGCUGAGAGCUUUUGGUACAAGUCGUUAGAUAUUGAACAACUUUUAAUCAAAAGCCGCCAAAUUUUCAAAGGCUCUAGUGACUAUGCAUGGACAAAUGUUCCAACAUAUCCAAGUGGGGUCAUUGGUUUCUUGCUUUGUUCCACUCAAGGUCAACAUGUGGACUUCAGAAAUCCAAUUAACCCAAUUGGUCAAGAAAAUUAUGGUGUAUCAAAGUACCCUUUGAAGUAUUACAACUCAGAGAUUCAUUCAGCUUCAUUUUGCUUGCCAUCUUUUGCCAAAAGAAAUGAAGCUAAGAGUGUUGCAAAAGGAGUUAUGAUUCAAGAGGCAGGAAGUUUGAUUGAUGGUAGAUGGCAGUGGAACUUGAUGUGGUGCAGGGAAAUGUUCCAAUGGGAGGAGGAUCAAUACAGUGAGUUAGUUGAAAUUAUCGCACCAUUCUUUCCCUUGGAUAUUAAUGACAAGUGGUUGUGGCUUGGAGAUGGAAUUCAGGGUUUUACUGUCAAAACAACAUAUCUGCAAUUGGAGAAUAUGGCAAAUAAUCGCAGGACACUAGAACCGAUCGAGGUUUUUGUUUUUAAAAGGCCCUGGGAGUGUGCUUCGCCUUCCAAGAUACGUGCUUUUGUGUGGCAACUGUUACUAAACCGUGUGCAGACCAAGGAUAAUUUAUACAAGCGAAAGAUGCUGCGAAUUGAUCAACAAACGUGUGUGAUGUGUGAACGAAAGGCUGAAACUGCAGUUCAUCUUUUCCUUCAUUGUGAUUGUGUGUCGAAGGUUUGGUAUGAAUUACGAGGUGGCUGGGUUUUACCUUGA